UCGCCCUCCGAUGACGGCCAACCGCGAGCACUCGCCGCUGCUGGCCGCCCCGAGCUUAGCGCCGGUCGCCCCGACCAUGGCCCUCGCGACAGGCCCGACCCGGCAGGUCUCGCUCGGCGGGAAGCAGCGGCCGAUCCAAGAGGUCCAUCCGCUGCCGUGGUUCCGCAGCCCCGAACUCUCGAUGAACAAGGAGAAGGCGCGGCUGCAUCUGAAGCGCAAGCAGCAAGCGCUCAAGGCACCCGAGCGCUGGACGUGCGGCCGCUACUUUGGCUCGCUCGGCAGCGGCGAGAAGUGCGUCCACCUCCUCGUGCUCGUCAUCCUCAUCUUUACGAUCGUGGUCAUUCUCUCCAUCUUGUUUGCGCCCGACGCCAGUACGGUGCCGCCGCCCCGCGCGCUGCGAUGGGACGAAUGAAGCCAACGACGAAGAAGAGAAGGAGAGCGCCACGACGGUCUAGUCGUACGUUGUCUGGCGUGUAUAUAUAUAUCGUAUGCAGUACAUGAUGGUCCAUGCGCGGGCGGCCAUGCGCCCCACGCCCCACCAACACGGCCAGGCGACCAGAAGUCGUCGUUGUAGUAGUGGACAGAGUUAUUCGUUCUAACUCGCAACACGGUCAUCUUCAGGGCCA